CCAUGUACAUAGGCAAGACGCCGUUGAACUGGUACUGUCCGAUUUGAGAAUGUUGAGGCGUGCGAUUGCACAAAUAUAAUUAUCUAGAGUAUGUAGCAAUUGAAUGUUGCACGAGGGGGAGGAGCUUGUCGGUAGAGAGUACUGAAUGAGCACUCCAACAUUGAAAUAUCGUGUGGACAACAAUAAAGAUUCUGUGAAGCAAUCGCAUUGCGUAGAUAUCAGAGUUCAUGCCCAUUGUAUUGAUGAUGUGAAUUGCUUGCUGCGUGCAGGGCUCAUUCAAAUGUUCACACCCAAAUAGGUCGUGUGCACGCGCUUUCUUCGACACGUUGCUGACGUUAACCAACGGCCUAGUGCCCCUCGGCUUCGACCAACCGCCUUCUCGAGUCCUCCGCUCAAACCCCCAAUUCGCAUACCAAACACCCGGCCACGUUGUCACGCAACGGCUUUGUAAACCACACAGAGUGCCUGACCGCUAUACAUAAUGAGCGGAAAAAUGUGGGAAGUGGACCCGGAGACGAGGAGUAAGCUACUCGAGAUACAGAAGCACAACGAGAACAACAAAUGUGUUGACUGCAACGCCCCCAGUCCGCAAUGGGCCUCGCCUAAACUCGGAAUCUUCAUGUGUCUAUCGUGUUCCGGUGUCCAUCGAGGUCUCGGCGUCCACAUCUCCUUCAUACGCAGCAUCACCAUGGACGCUUUCAAGGGCUCUGAGCUCUCGCGUAUGGCCGCUGGCGGCAACAAACCCUUCCAAGAGUUCUUCGAUUCGCACGCAUCCAACGUAAAAGACGGCAAAAAGUUCGACUCUGCGUCAAUACAAGAGCGAUAUGAUUCAGAGGCAGGUGACGAGUGGAAGGAGAGGCUCAGCUGUAAGGUGGAAGGCAGAGAAUUUGACAAAAGCAGCCUGCCAAAAAGAGUAGCUAAGAAAGAUCCUGUGGCUGCGCGGUCGGGUACACCACUUAGUGGGAGGGCAAGCGGUCCUGGAAGCAGGAGUCAGACACCACUUGACAAAACCUUAAGCAACGAUUCUUCGUUCCGAUCCGGCUCACCUGCACUCGGUACCAACGCCAUGUCACAGAAAGCAAAAAAUGAAGCCUACUUCUCCAAGAUGGGACAAGAAAACGCGAACAGAAGAGAAGAUCUAGCGCCUAACCAGGGAGGGAAGUACAGUGGGUUUGGGAGUGAGCCGGAUCACUGGAAGAAAGACGAUGAACCUGGUGCACCUCCCGCUUUGGACGACUUUCAGAAAGACCCAGUCGGCGCUCUGACCAAGUCGUUUGGAUGGUUGGGUGCCAGCGUGAGCAAGGCAGGAAAAACGGGAUACGAGGGAUGGGUGAAGCCAGGGAUGCAAAAGCUUGCCGAAGCAGAUAUCGCGUCCCAAGCGCGUAAUACAGGUACCAUGAUCGGGCAGGGCAUUCAAAGCAGCGCCACGGCUGCUGGGGGAGCCUUGAAUCGCUUCGUCGACCCUACGGCCCCUUCCAACCACCAGUAUCAGUCUGUGCCCCGCGACAAGCAAGACUUUUGGGAUUCAUUUGGCGAGGAUCCCAAGGGCCCGAGUGCCGAUAAAAAGGAUUUCUGGGAUGAGUUUGCGAGUGCUGGCGAGACCAAGCCGCAGACGAUAGGAACCAGCGCGACCAAGAAACCCAGCGGCAUUGGCACUAGUGCGGUUAAGAAGACACCCAAGAAGGAUGACGAUGCUUGGGGCGAGUGGUGA